CAGAAAUAAAAAUACAGAAGAGAAUGGAUCACCGUGAAUCAAUCACCAACCAAACCAAAGUUUCCCUUAACAUGGCCAAACAUCUCUUCUCAAAAGAAUCAGACAAGAACGUUGUGUUUUCGCCGCUGUCACUCCAAGUUAUGCUCAACAUUGUCGCUGCUGCCUCUGAGGGUCGUACACAACAACAACUUCUCGAAUUCCUCCGUUCCAAAUCCAUCGACCAUCUCAACUCCUUCACUUCUCAUCUCGUUUCCAUCAUCCUAUCUGAUGCUGCUCCUUCCGGUGGGUCGCGCCUCUCUUUCACCCAACGUGUGUGGGUUGAUCAAACCCUUUCUCUUCAACCUUCCUUCAAAGAAACAAUGGUUACUGAUUAUAAAGCCACUUUGGCUUCCGUUGAUUUCCAGAACAAGGUUGUUGAAGUGACCAAUGAAGUGAACAUAUGGGCUGAAAAAGAGACAAAUGGUCUUAUUAAAGAAAUUCUUCCUCAAGGGUCAAUCAACAACUUAUCCAGACUCGUCUUUGCUAAUGCAUUGUAUUUUAAAGGAUCAUGGAAUCAGAAGAUUGAUGCUUCAACAACAAAAGACUAUGAUUUUUACCUUCUCAAUGGCAGCUCAGUUAAGGUUUCCUUUAUGACUAGCAAGAAGAAGCAGUUUAUUAGAGCUUUUGAUGGUUUUAAAGUUCUUGGUCUUCCUUAUAAGCAAGGCGAAGAUAAGCGUCGUUUCACUAUGUACUUUUUUCUUCCAAAUGCAAAAGAUGGGCUUCCAAGUUUGGUUGAAAAGGUGGCUUCUGAAUCUGAUUUACUACAACACAAGCUUCCUUUUGAUAAAGUGGAAGUAGGUGACUUUAGGAUUCCAAAGUUCAAUAUUUCAUUUGGACUUGAAACUUCCGAUAUGCUAAAGGAGCUAGGUGUGGUUUUACCUUUCUCUGGUGAAGGGCUGACAAAAAUGGUGGACUCUAAUCAAAAACUUUUUAUGUCCAAUAUAUUGCACAAAUAUUUCAUUGAAGUAAAUGAAGAAGGCACUGAAGCUGCUGCAAUAAGUGUUUUAUUUAUGCAGGCACAAUGUAUGCGUCGUCCAACUCGAAUGGAUUUUGUAGUUGAUCACCCAUUCUUAUAUCUAAUUAGAGAUGAUUUGGCCGGAACAAUCAUCUUUGUUGGACAGGUGCUUAAUCCUCUUGAUGGGUGAUCUUAGCAAGUCACAAUGGAUUGGAUUGCCA